AGAAAAAGAAAGAAAGAGAGAGAGAGAGAGAGAAAGAAAGGAAGAAAGAAAGAAAGAAAGAAAGAAAGAGAAAGAAAAUCAGGCGCGGCGCACUGUGUGCGAAGUAUAUGCGAGGGCGCCCGAUUCGUGAUACCCUACCUGGGAGGCGAGGCAUUUCUCUCGCCGUUUUCUCAUAUACGGAGUUUGCUGCGUGUCAAGAAAAGUGGCCGACACGAUAGAAAAUUCGAGGACGCGCGGCAUUGUGUCAUUUCGUUAUUGUACGAUUCUCGAUCGUCCCCGUGAGAGAACUUCUUUCCACAGUUCAACGUCGAUCGGGAGGAGAGCAACGUGUUCCCUAAUCAUCACCAAUUCAUUUUUACUAGUGACGUCUAUCGAUUAAAUUUCAAAACCAGCCUGUGAAACCAUGAAUGCCUCAGAACAUGGGUUUAACCCAGCCUUUAACAUGGCUUCCAUAAAACAAGCUUUCAAUGAGGCAGUAGAAAGAGUCUCAACAGUUAGAAUGCCGGCACCAACAAGAUUGAGAGACUUGAUCAGACAAAUAAGAGCAGCUCGGACAGCGGCAGAAGAAAGGACAGUAGUAAACAAGGAAUGUGCUUAUAUUCGUUCAACAUUUAGAGAAGAGGACAGUGUUUGGAGAUGCCGUAACAUCGCUAAACUUUUGUACAUUCACAUGCUUGGAUAUCCAGCACAUUUUGGACAAUUAGAAUGUUUGAAACUUAUUGCAUCAUCCAGGUUUACAGAUAAACGUAUAGGCUAUUUGGGAGCAAUGUUACUAUUAGAUGAACGACAAGAUGUUCAUUUAUUAAUAACAAAUUGUUUAAAAACCGACUUAAAUAGUCCUACACAAUUUGUAAUUGGUCUGGCCCUUUGUACCUUGGGUGCUAUUGCAUCGCCAGAAAUGGCAAGGGACCUUGCUUCUGAAGUUGAAAGACUGAUGAAAUCACCGAACGCAUAUAUUAGAAAAAAAGCUGCGUUAUGCGCUUUUAGAAUUAUUAGACGUGUACCAGAAUUAAUGGAGAUGUUCUUACCCGCUACUCGAAGUUUAAUUACAGAAAAAAACCAUGGAGUGUUAAUAACUGGUGUUACUCUUAUUACUGAAAUGUGUGAGAAUAGCAUUGAUACAUUGAAUCAUUUCAAGAAGGAAUGCGGCCAUCGAGAGAUUGUGCCAAAUCUAGUAAGAAUUCUGAAAAAUUUAGUACUAGCUGGAUAUUCUCCUGAGCAUGACGUAGCCGGAGUAUCUGAUCCAUUUUUGCAAGUGAAGAUUUUACGUCUUCUUAGAAUUUUGGGACGUAACGACGUAGAUGCAUCUGAGGCAAUGAAUGAUAUUCUUGCACAAGUUGCUACAAAUACAGAAACAAGUAAAAAUGUUGGUAAUACAAUAUUAUACGAAACUGUUCUUUCAAUAAUGGAUAUUAAAUCCGAAAGUGGACUUAGAGUAUUGGCAGUUAAUAUCCUAGGGCGAUUUUUAUUAAAUAAUGACAAAAAUAUUCGUUACGUUGCGUUAAAUACAUUAUUGAAAACAGUUUAUGUGGAUACGAGUGCAGUUCAGAGGCAUCGUUCAACAAUAUUGGAGUGUUUAAAAGAUCCAGAUGUAUCAAUACGAAGGAGAGCAAUGGAACUAAGUUUUGCACUUGUUAAUUCAAGUAAUAUUAGAAAUAUGAUGAAAGAAUUACUACUCUUUUUAGAACGAGCAGAUCCUGAAUUUAAAGCUCAAUGCAGUAGCAACAUAGUAAUGUCUGCAGAAAGAUUUGCACCGAAUAAACGUUGGCAUCUGGAAACAUUAUUUAAAGUCCUUGUUGCUGCUGGCAAUUAUGUACGAGAUGACGUAGUAGCUUGCACAAUUCAAUUAAUCUCAGAAACCCAAUCGCAACAAGGCUAUGCAGUUAGUGCACUAUGGCGUGCAUUAGAAAAGGAUACAUCUGAUAAACAACCAUUGGCUCAAGUAGCAACGUGGUGUAUCGGAGAGUAUGGUGAUCUUUUACUGUACGGUCCACCAUUGGAAGAUGCAGAUGCACCAAUAAAUUUAACAGAAGAUGAAGUUAUUGAUGUUUAUCAAAGAUUAUUAUGGAGUCCACAAAACACAGUUGUUACAAAACAAUAUACUUUGUUAUCCCUUACAAAAUUAAGUACAAGAUUUCAAAAAGGAAAUGAAAAAAUUCGACAAAUUAUAGACACGUUUGGUAGUAAUUUGCAUAUUGAAUUACAACAACGGGGCAUUGAAUUUUCACAAUUAUUUAGAAAAUACGAUCAUUUACGACCUGCUUUACUUGAAAGAAUGCCUCCAAUGGAGACUGCAAGACCACAAGCAAAUGGUAUUAUUGGUAUGGUGAAUGGUGAACCGGAACAAGAAGAUGAAAAAUCAACAGUAUUAGAAACAUCUGUUACCUCGUCUGAUUCAAGUGCACUUUUGGAUUUGCUUGGAAGUACCGAUGUUGGAAUGACAAUGUCAACAGUAACAACUAAAAAUCCACCUCCUCCCACAACAAGUAUAAAUAACAACGAUCUUUUAGAUUUACUUGGUAGUUUGGAUAUGAAUACAGGAGCACCACCAUUAGUACUUCCUCAACAAUCACAAUCAACAACACAAAUGUUUAAUCCUACGAGUACAACAAACUUUUUGGUAGAUGGCCUACUUAAUAAUUCUUCAAUUCCAAUUGAAAUUCCAAGCAUGAUUGUUUUGGAUAAAUCUGGACUUAAAAUAACUUUUAAAAUGGAGAGACCGCCAGAUAUUACAGAUUUAUUAAUUAUAAAUAUGACGGCACAUAAUUCUACGAAUAGUGCAUUAAGUGAAUUUUUAUUUCAAGCUGCAGUUCCUAGGACAUUCCAAUUACAAAUGCUGCCACCAUCAAGUACAGUUAUUCCUCCAUCAGGUGAAGUGACUCAAGUGAUAAGAGUUACAAAUAUCAAUAACGUACCACUAAGAAUGAGACUACGAAUUUCUUAUACUGGAUCAGCAGGGCCAAUUUUAGAACAAACAGAAGUAAAUAAUUUUCCUUCAUUGGUAUCACAGUGACAUUCUACAAUACAAAAAACAAUUGUACAUAUGCCUGCCUAAUAACUAAUUAAGUCUGAUUAUAGACCAUAUACAACCUCACUUUCUUUUUGAGAUAAAGUGAAAAUAUGUGUUGACAAAAAAAAUGUACCAAACAUUUUUGUUUUUUUAUUCAUUGAAUGAUUGAUAAACAUCAUCAGCACGUGUAGUGCGAAUAGUGUUUAUUUUAUGGCAUGUGCAUAUCGAUAUUAGUAUUUCUUAUUGAAAAAGGACAUCCCCACCUGCUCACAGGCACAAACCUGUGUUCAAUACUAAGCAAUAUCAUAAUUAUUUUACUUAUGUACAGAUUACUUAUGUAUAUUACACAUUAUUAGAUAUUGUUCGAAAUUGUAUGUAAUAUUCUAAAGUUUUCUUUUCAUUAAGUAUUUUAAAGUAUAUCACUGGUAGAAAGUUGUUUUGAAUCGAGAUAACAUAUUGUUUUUGUUCAAACAUAUUUGUUUCUGUUCUAUUGUUGAUAUGCAUGCAUCAUAUACUUGUAGAUAAUAAUCAAAGUAAAAAGAAAAAAAAAGAAAAGAAAAAAAAUAAUGCUUGUUUGAGCAGG